UCGCUCUUGCGGUGUUAAUAAACCCAUCUAAUCUUUUACAACAUACAAUUCAUUAGUAAGUAAUGAGAUAUGGAUCAAUUUAGUUCGCUCUCACCGGAACAGAUAAGUUUGUCGCACUGUAAUAUAGUUUACGUACUUCCUUGGUACUUCAUAACAUGUUCAAAGGAUCUUCAUAAUCAUUUAUUUUAACUGAAAUAAAUCAAUACCAAAACUUCAAUGAAAUGAUAUAGGGUCAAUAAGCACAAUCGGGAUGGCGCACAAUUAUCAUGUUAUUGUUUAUACUGACGAGUGUGAUGUGCCCUGCAGGUCGCCUAUGUUGCCGAGCUGUAGCGGCAUGUGGCGGUGCGCGGGGGCGGGGCGCGCGGGGGCGGGGGCGCGGUGCGCGGGGGCGGGGCGCGCGCUGCCGGCCGCGCUGGGGCUGCUGGCCGCGCUGCUGCUGCUGGCGGCCCGCAGAGACUCCCGCGUCGUCCUCACGAGCGAGCUGUACGAGGCGGGCCACUCGCGGCCGCACGCCGAGUGCUGCCCCGCGCGCGGCGCCGCGCUCCGGCUGCUGGUGCUGGUGACGUCAGCUCCCGGCCACGCCGCCGCCAGGGAAGCCGUGCGACUCUCGUGGGGACACGCCGCUUUGAGGCGCGACAUCGGCUUCGCCUUCGUACUUGGCAGUCUCCACACACGCGACGAGGCGCAAGCUGACGCUAUUAGAGCAGAAGACGAACUGUACGGGGACAUAAUCAUCGGCAACUCGAGGGAUUCUUACAGCAACUUGACGCUGAAGACCCUGUCCAUGCUGGAGUGGGUGCACACGUACUGCCCCAAGGUGCCGCGGCUGCUGAAGACCGACGACGACAUGUUCAUCAACAUCCCGCGCCUGCUCAAGUUCAUCGACGCGCGCAAGAACGAGACAAGAACAAUCUGGGGGCACGUGUACGAGCAGGCGUCGCCACACCGGACCAUGUGGUCUAAGUACUACGUGUCGCCGCGGCAGUAUCCGUCCAGCCAGUUCCCGGACUUCGCCACCGGCGGCGCCUACCUCAUGACCACCGACGUGGUGGGGGAACUGUUAAAAGCCGCGGGGCAAGAGCCCUACUUGAGGCUAGAAGAUGUCUUCGUGACAGGAGUGCUCGCCAGCAAACUAAAGAUUAAUCGGCAACACGCGGCGGAGUUCGCGGAUAGUGAGAGCAGCUGGGUGUCGUUGUCGUACCACCACCCCUGCACGGUAAAGAAGUGCAUCUCGAUCCACAUGGUGCGCAACCACGAGCAGUUCCACUUGUGGCGGAAAGUACUCGACGGGACGACCAAGUGCGAAGACGCCUAAACAAUUCUAAUUUCAAAAAACUCAAGCAAAUAAAGUUAUUCAAGUAAAUGUAUUUUUUUUCUGUUUUUUUUUUAAGUCAAAACUGUUAGAUUAUGUGCUUUUAACUUAUUUUAUGUAACAAUUUAGCAGUUGUGGAUAUUUUUAUUGGA